CUAUUGCCAUCGCACGGAGCCACUCUCUCUACCCUGUUCGAGAUGCAAAGCAAAGUGGCCAUAGAUUGAUUACAUCUCGAUAGCCACUUUACGGUAACUACUCUAUCUCCUCGACCAUUGGAAAUCCCAUUGAGGAUCUGCAGCCAGCUGCAGCUGUCUCACCCAUGUCCCGACUCCCGCCCAGCCUCGCUUGUCCGAGCUCGGACCAACCAACCAACCAACCACAAGUCUAACCGCGCACAGCACAGCACAGCUAACCAAGCAAGCAACUGCUCUACCGGCACCCUACGUAACUGCAGCCAGCACCCUGAGCAACGAGCAACGAGCACCCACCAACGAACGGAACCAUGGAUAUCGUCGCCGCCAUCUCGAACUAUGUCACCAAGAUGGUCUCGCCCGAAGGCGCCACGGGGCCCUCAGGGAAAAUGAAGAUUCUCCUGCUGGAUAGCGAAACUGUGUCCAUCGUUUCCUCGGCCGUCACGCAGUCCGCGCUGCUCGCGCACGAGAUCUACCUUAUCGACCGCCUAGAUAAUUCCGAGCGCGAGAAGAUGCGGCACCUGCGUUGUCUCUGCUUCGUGCGGCCGUCGCCCGACAGUAUUCAGCUGCUGAUCGAUGAGUUCCGGGAGCCGAAGUACGGGGAAUACAACAUCUUCUUUAGCAACAUCGUCAAGAAGUCCAGCCUGGAGCGCCUGGCGGAGGCGGAUGACCACGAGAUCGUGCGGAUGGUGCAGGAGCACUUUGCUGACUACCUCGUCAUCAACCCGGACCUGUUCUCGCUGGGGCUGCAGAAGCGAGUGUGGUCGGGCAAUCCGGACAUGUGGGAUGCGGAUGCGCUGGCGCGAUCGCACGAGGGCGUACUGGCGGUGCUGCUGAGUCUGAAGAAAAAACCAAUGAUCAGAUACGAGAAGAAUAGUCAUGCGGCGAAGAAGCUCGCCGCUGAGAUCAAGUACCAGAUGGGGAAGGAGGAGCAGUUGUUUGAUUUUGGCAGGAUGGCAGAUACUCCCCCUGUACUGCUGAUUCUGGAUCGCAGGAAUGAUCCCGUCACUCCGCUGCUCAGUCAGUGGACGUAUCAAGCUAUGGUGCACGAACUGCUGGGUAUCAAUAAUGGACGCGUGGAUCUGUCGGAGGUGCCGGAUGUACGGCCGGAGUUGAAGGAGAUAGUCCUCUCACAAGACCAAGAUCCGUUCUUCAAGAAGAACAUGUACCUCAACUUCGGCGACCUAGGUGGCAAUAUCAAAGACUACGUCGACCAGUAUCAGACCAAAACGAAAUCGAACAUGAACAUAGAAAGUAUUGCCGAUAUGAAGCGGUUUGUGGAGGAGUACCCCGAGUUCCGACGGCUGUCGGGGAACGUCAGCAAGCACGUCACACUGGUCGGCGAGCUCAGUCGUAGGGUCGAUAGAGAUAACUUGCUGGAAGUCUCGGAGCUGGAGCAGAGUCUCGCGUGCAAUGAUUCCCAUUCGGCAGAUCUUAAGACAGUCCAACGGAUGCUACAGUCGCCCAUACCAAGCAGCAACAAGGUCCGGCUGGUGGCAUUGUACAGUCUGCGGUACGAGCGUCAUCCGCAAAACGCGCUCCCCGCUCUACUAGACCUCCUGGGUAUCGGCGGAGUACCCCAACGCGACGUUAACACCAUCAAAAACCUCAUAACCUACACCAGCUCCCUCCAACGGCAAGAAGACCUCUUCGAAGCGGAAUCCAUCUUCUCCCGCGCACGAAGCGGCUUCAAGGGUCUCAAAGGCGUGGAGAACGUGUACACGCAGCACUCACCGCGCAUGGAGCAGACCCUCAACAACCUAGUCAAAGGCCGUCUCCGCGAGCAAACCCACCCUUUCGUCGAGGGCAGCCCCAACACCCGCGAGAAGCCGCAGGAUAUCAUCGUGUUCAUGAUCGGCGGCGCCACUUACGAGGAGGCAAAACUCAUCGCGCAGAUUAAUGCGAGCACACCCGGCGUCAGGGUCGUCCUCGGUGGUACCGUCGUCCAUAAUUCGUCCAGCUUUCUGGAUGAGGUCGAUGAGGUCGUUGCGGCUUGGCCCGCACCGGAGGGGAGGACCCCCGCGGAGAGGUUGAGGAGGUUGUAGGGGACGUAUUUGUACCCGUACCUACUACAUAUCUUGCUUGGAUCGUAAUAGAGUGAAAGUGCCAGUUCAAUGGGGGAAAGGUUGCAGGCUGAAUUAGAUCAUUG